AUGGAAAGUGAAAACGUGAGUUUUCCCAAUGCUUUUAUCCUGCUGGGCUUCUCAGAGUUUCCGUGGCUGGAGAGGCCCCUCUUUGCAGUGGUCCUGAUCUCCUACAUCCUCACCCUGCUGGGGAACAGCUCCAUCAUCCUCCUCUCCCUGGUGGACCCCAGACUCCAGACACCCAUGUACUUCUUCUUGGACAACCUCUCAAUUCUGGACCUCAGUCUCACCUGCACCACUGUGCCCCAACUGCUAGCCAACCUGUGGGGAGCAGACAAGACCAUUGCUACCUGGGGCUGCAUCACACAAGCCUAUAUUUUCAGCUGGACAGGCACCACUGAAUGCAUCCUGCUGGCCGUGAUGGCCAUUGAUCGUUAUGUGGCCAUCUGCCGGCCCCUCCAGUACACUCUCGUCAUGCGUCCCCGGGUCUGCGUGCAGAUGGCAGCCUCCUCCUGGUCCAGUGGCCUGGCCAGUUCUCUUAUUCAAGCCACACUCACCCUCCAGCUCCCCCUCUGUGGGCACCACACCCUGGACCACUUCUUCUGUGAGGUGCCUGUGCUCGUCAAGCUGGCCUGUGGGGACACCUCUGCUAAUGACCUGGCCCUGGCUGUACUAGACAUCUCCUUUGGAAUGAUGCCUGCCCUGCUGGUGGUCAUCUCCUACACCUUCAUUGCUAGGGCUGUGCUGAAGUUACCUUCAGCUGAAGGAAGGCACAAGGCACUCAGCACCUGCAGUUCCCACUUGGUGGUGGUCACCCUGUAUUUUGGACCAGGCAUCUACAUGUACCUCCAGCCACCAGCUGAGAGUUCUCGGGCCAAGUUCCUGUCCUUCUUCUACUGUGUUAUCACCCCAGUGCUCAACCCACUCAUCUACACCCUGAGAAACAAGGACAUGAAGAGAGCAUGGAAGAGGAUCCUGCAGUCCCAGGGUGGGGUGAUGUCUUGGAAAGCCAGGUCUCUGCCUGUCUAA